AUGGCUGUGGGCAGAGUGGACUUGGCGGCGUUGGAAGAAUUUGCAUCUAAAAGGCAAGCUAGCUGUGGAUGUAGGGAUGUCAAGAGAGAUGGAAAGCAGUCCAUUGAGGAAUAUGGAAAACCAGACAGGUCAAUCCUCCCUGUCACGGUUAGGAGCUUCUCAGACAAACUACUUAGUGGAAAAGGCUUACAUUUUCAGCCAUCAGUUCUAGAUUUUGGAAUACAGUUCUUGGGACGUCCUGCAGCAAAGAUUCUGUAUGCUUACAACCCUAGCAGGGAUAGCGAGGUUGUGGUGAAUUCUGUGUUUACAACGGCUCGACAUUUUCAUGUGCCUCCUGUUCAUUGCAGGGUGUCUGGAAUUAGCACUCGCAGAAUCUCUACAGAAGGAUCUGCAAAGCAGCUACCAAAUGCUUAUUUUCUGCUUCCACAAGUCCAGAGCAUUCAGCUGUCACAAACACAGGCAGAAACCACUAAUACUAGCCUCUUGCAGGUACAACUGGAAUGCAGUUUACAUAAUAAAGUGUGUCAACAAUUAAAGAGUUGUUAUCUGGAAUCUGAUGAUGUUUUGCGCCUACAAAUGAGCAUAAUUUUAACAAUGGAAAACUCCUCAAAAGAAUUCGAAGAAAACACACAAGAUUUGUUAGAUCAUCUCUCUAUUGUUUAUGUAGCUACAGAUAAAUCUGAGACCUCAGAUGACUCAGCAGUUAAUAUGUAUAUAUUGCAUUCAGGAAACAGCCUUAUAUGGAUACAGGAUGUGCAUCAUUUCUCACAGAGAGAUGCUCUGUCUCUGCAAUUUGAACCAGUGCUACUACCUGCUUCUACAACAAACUUUACAAAAAUUGCCUCUUUUACGUGCAAAGCAGCUACAUCAUGUGACGGUGGAAUUAUAGAAGAUGUGAAGAAAACAAAAUACACUUCAACACUAAAAGCAUGCCUCUCCUCUCCUGUGGUCCAAGGGUAUUUCAGAAUGGACUCUUCUGCAGCCCAGUUUCACAUGGAGACUCAUGAGAACACAUCAGGAGUUUGGUCAAUAUGGUUCCUCAACCAUUUUGACCGUGGUGUUGUUUUAAAUGAUGUGUUUGUUUCCAAGGAGACCAAGCACAUUUUAAAGAUUCUGAAUUUCACUGGCCCUUUAUUUCUACCUCCAGGCUGUUGGAAUAUAUUUUCUUUGAAACUUGCUGUUAAAGACAUUGCCAUAAAUCUAUUCACCAAUAUAUUUUUGACUACAAACAUAGGUGCCGUUUUUGCAAUACCUCUACAGAUUUACUCAGCACCAACCAAGGAAGGGAGUCUGGGUUUUGAAGUGAUAGCACAUUGUGGCAUGCAUUAUUUCAUGGGAAAAUCAAAAGCAGAAAAUCCUAAUUGGGAAGGGAGCCUUUCUCUGGAUCGGUCUACCUGGGAUGUGGAUUCUGAACUUGCGAGUAAAUUGUAUGAAAGAUGGAAGAAAUUUAAAAACGGUGACGUUUGCAAGAGGAAUGUUUUAGGAAUGACUCGGUUUGCCCACUUGAAGAAAUCCAAGGAGUCAGAAUCCUUUGUUUUCUUUUUGCCUCGUUUGGUCGCAGAGCCUGGCCUUGUGUUGAACUUCAGCGCAACCGCCCUCAGGAACAGUGUGGUGAAGUACUUUGUGCUGAAGAACCCGUCCUCUUUGCCGGUGUCCUUGCAGCUCCUCCCUCUGUCCUCGUAUCCUAAACCUGAAGCUGCAGUGCGCCUGCUCCACAAAUGGUUUGGCACCGAUAUGCAGAUGAUUAAUUUUACAACCGGUGAAUUCCAGCUCACCAAAGCUUGCCCUUACUGGGGUAUGCAUUCUGAGGAAUCCAGGUUUGGCAGCCUCCAUUUAAAUUUGCAGCCUUUGGAAAUGAAAAGGGUUGGUGUCGUGUUCACACCCACUGACUAUGGAAAAGUUACCUCACUCAUACUAAUCCGAAAUAACUUGACUGUCAUCGAUAUGAUUGGUGUGGAUGGAUUUGGAGCAAGAGAGUUACUGAAAGUGGGUGGAAGACUUCCUGGUGCUGGAGGGUCACUCCGAUUCAAGGUGCCUGAGUCCACGCUGAUGGGCUGCCGCCGACAACUGAAAGACAGCAAGCAAAUUUUAUCUAUUACAAAGAACUUUAAAGUUGAGAAUAUUGGACCUCUUCCUAUAACUGUGUCAUCUCUGAAAAUUAAUGGGUAUAAUUGCCAAGGUUAUGGAUUCGAAGUGCUAGAUUGUCAUCAGUUUUCCCUGGACCCAAACAUGUCCCGUGAUAUCAGCAUCGUCUUUACUCCAGACUUUACGUCUUCCUGGGUCAUUCGUGAGCUGACUCUCGUAACUGCAGCAGAUCUAGAAUUCCGCUUCACUCUCAACGUGACCCUCCCUCAUCACCUGUUGCCCUUAUGUGCUGAUGUGGUGCCAGGACCCAGCUGGGAGGAGUCAUUUUGGAGGCUCACGGUCUUCUUCGUCAGUUUGUCCUUGUUGGGUGUGAUUUUAAUAGCCUUCCAACAAGCACAGUACAUUCUUAUGGAAUUCAUGAAAACAAGACAGAGGCAAAAUGCUAAUUCCUCUUCACAGCAAAACACCAGUCCAAUGGACGUAAUCAACUCCCAUCCUCACAAAAGCAAUUACAAGAACUUUCUCGAUACAUAUGGCUCCUCGGAUAAAGGCAGAGGGAAGAGCUGCCUUCCACUGAACACGCCUCAGAGCAGGACCCAGAAUGCAGCAAAGAGGAGCCCGGCCACCUAUGGUCAUUCUCAGAAGAAGCACAAGUGCUCAGUGUAUUACAGCAAACACAAAACCAGCACGUCUGUGGCCAGCAGCACCAACACUACUACUGAGGAGAAACAGACUUCGACACUGGGCAACUCCCUGUCUGUUCCUAAAGAGGAUGUUUGCACUGACAUCAUGGGUGAGAACUGGAUCAGCCUCAAAUAUGCAAGUGGCAUGAAUGUCAACCUGCAAAAGAAUUUAACCCUUCACAAAAACUUAUUGAAUAAGGAAGAAAACACACUGAAAAGCAGAAUUGUUAUCAAUAAUCCUUCUUCUGAAUGUAAUACGAAGGAGGGAAUACAGACAUGUAUGUUUCCUAAGGAAACUGACAUUAAAACUUCAGAGAACAUAGCUGAGCUCAAGGAACGAGAGCUCUGUCCGCUGAAGACCUCCAAGAAACUACCUGAAAAUCAUUUGCCAAGAAACUCACCUCAGUACCACCAAUCAGACUUGUCAGAAAUUUCCAGGAAAAAUAAUGGAAAUAACCAGCAAGUGCCUGUCAAGAAUGAAGUAGAUAAUUGUGAAACUUUGAAGAAGGUUGAAACAAAGUCUGCCUCAGAAAAAAAGAUUCAGAAAGCAUCUAAAGAAGAUAUGUGUCCUGAGAAACAGGACAUACCUUCAAUGGAGGGUUGCGAUCCGUUGCCGGUCACGAAAAAAGACAAAAAGAAAAAAAAAAAAAAUCUUCAGGGCCUCAGGUGGUCCCAGAUUCCUGUUUUCUCUAGUAAGUCUCAUGGAAAGGAAGUCUGAAUGCAUCCGGAUGUGGUUUUGUGUGUCUCUUCCAGGCCCUCUGAGCAGAGUGAACUGAAGCUCGUGUGCAAUAACUUUGAGAGGGCUGAGCUGAGCAGCGACGUUGAUGUGAGAAACUGGUGUAUACAGGAAAACACUGGGAAGAUUUGUAAAGCAGAUGCUGAAAUUUCAAGCGGCUUAUCUGCUGCACAGAGAGAGGCAGACGGUUGCUGCCAGAAGCCUGAGAAGAAGUGUGUGGACAAGGUUUGCUCCGAUUCCAGCUCUGACUGCGGAAGCUCGUCAGGCAGCGUGCGUGCCAGCCGGGGCAGCUGGGGGAGCUGGAGCAGCACCAGCAGCUCUGACGGGGACAAGAGGCCUGUGACGGGCCCUCAGCUCUUCCUGGUGGCUGGAGACAGUGUUUCACAGAAUGUUUUUCCUUCUGAAACUCCCAUCUCCUUGAAUCUUUCUCAUAACAUCUGCAAUCCCAUGUAA